AUGACAUAUAAUUACGACUGGUUGGACACAGAAUGCGCAACACUGGAGCAAGCUGGCUUGCUCCGCCAUCUUCGUACCGUCAGGAGUGCCCCAACAGGGACAAUUAAUCUUGAUGGCAGGGAUGUCGUGCUGCUCGGUUCAAACAACUAUUUGGGGUUAAGCACACAUCCGAAGGUUAUCGCUGCCGCUGUUGAGGCGACGCGAUCUUUUGGCACAGGCGCAAGCGGUUCCCGUCUCAUUUCAGGGAAUAGUGAACUCUACACGGCUUUGGAAACCAAUCUUGCGGAGGCAAAAGAGACUGAAGCCGCGCUUGUCUUCAGCUCCGGCUAUGCCGCCAAUACGAGUGUGAUUCCUGUGCUUGCAGGUGAGGGUGAUGUCAUCUUAAGCGAUGCGCUUAACCAUGCCAGUAUCAUAGACGGAUGCCGUCUCAGUCGUGCCACCAAACAGGUUUAUCGACACUGUGACGUAGAACAUCUUAGUGCCUUACUGUCAGAAUCCGCCGCGUUCCGGCGGCGACUCAUUGUAACAGAUGGCGUUUUCAGCAUGGAUGGCGAUAUUGCCCCUUUACCAGAUAUUUGUGAGGUCGCCGCGCAACACGAUGCGAUGGUGUUGGUAGAUGACGCACACGGGUUUGGCGUGUUAGGGAAGGACGGGAGCGGUACCGUCGCGCAUUUCGGAUUGGAAGGAAGAGGCAUUGUCCAGAUGGGCACACUCAGCAAGGCAGUUGGGGCACUCGGUGGAUAUAUCGCGGGGAGUCAUGCCCUGAUUGAGUUGCUCGUCAACCGUGCGCGUGGCUUCAUCUUCACGACAGGACUUCCACCGGCGACGUUGGCUGCUGCAAAUGCGGCACUUGACCUCAUGCGAUCUGCACCCGAAUUACGGCAACGCUUGUUCUCGCAUGCGAAACGCCUCAAAACAGCGUUGAUUGAUUUAGGCUAUACCCUACUACCGAGUGAAACACAAAUCCUACCAGUCGUGUUGGGGAAUCCGCAACGGGCGACAAGCGUGGCAGAAGCACUGCUUGCUGAAGGUGUAUUCGCGCCAGCGAUCCGUCCUCCGGCUGUGCCAACGGGAACGAGUCGAUUAAGGCUUACCGUCAUGGCAACGCACACCGAAGCGGAGAUGCAGCAAGCGAUCGCUGGAUUCGCAGCGGUUUUCCCCAAAUUUCGUUGA